AGCAUUCUAUCUAUCAUAUAUAUUCGUCAUCAGUCACUUUUACUCAUUGAGCAUCUUGAUUCCGGAUGCAUUUCCGACUUUAACGUGACGUUCCAUCAUAUCCCCGUAAGGUUGGACGUAGUCCUUGUUGUCGCACCCUCUUACAUCCACUUUCUCCUACGAUCCUUAGCGUCUUCCGAACUCGCUUCCUCGCCUUCGGGCCCCGAGAUGGAUAAACUGAUCGGUAGUGUUAUCAGAAUUGAUGGUCGGGACUAUCUCAUCCACGAGAAACUUUCCGAGACCCUGAAAGACGAACUGCGCGAGGAAUGGGUGGUCUAUGAAGCUACAUUCCCUAAUGACAAUGCGAUCCACAAGAGCACGCGCAGAUACGCCCUCAAGGUGCGCUACGGGAGAAGACCCCGCGGAAUCAGCGAGACCAGACUGGCUGUUACCGAGGCUUUGGCCAAACGUUUUUACAACGGCGAGUGCCGGGCGCUCAGCAUAUCCUCGAAGUCCGGGUACACCCCAGUGUUUUACGGCAGCGAGGAACUGUCUUCCAAUCAGAAUCCGUUUUUCCGGCAUGGGCAUGUCUGGGCGAUUGCUAUGGGGCUGGCGGACGGCACAAGUCUUUAUGAGCUUUCCGAAUUGAGUUACUCCGACAAGGUGAUCAUUCAAGAGGAGAUGAUCAAGGCCUUGGAGUAAGUCUUUCGGUGGUCAGAGCUUGACGGCUUUUACAUCGCUGUGUGGGCUGAGAAUUUUGUUCUUGGGAAUAAAUAGGCACAUGCGGCUCCGAGGUUGGGGGUGGUACAUGCCGGAGAUGGAGCAAAUCUUCUAUGACCAUAUUCGGCGAUCAGUGUACGUCCUACAGGACCCAGCUGAGGCUCAACUGUUGUUGUUUAUCUACUGAUAUCUCUGAUGAGAGACGAUCUGCAAUUCCAUCGUUGGACUUUCGCGGGCUGUAAUUAAUGAUGACGACUGUUCUGCCCCGCCACUUGAGGAUCGCAUUACCAGGGAUCAUCCGGAAUUCACUUCUUUCGGUAUCAACUGGCGGGUGUGAACUAGGAAAUCCUGUUCCAGACUUGACAAUGUAAUGUAGAUGUGGGGAAGCAGUAUACCCGGAUUAUGGCAAAGAGUCUGAUCAUCUCGAAAUCUU